UAUGUGGGGGGGGGGGGUAGAGGAAGCAAUUGCCCUCCGCUUCAAAAUACCCGUUUUUGUGUAACUGUCAUCCUAAUUAUUUUAGGAGAGGCACGGGUUCUUUUUUUUUUAAUUGAUCCUAGGUCCUACUGAGUUGGGAUCGAUCUCAUGAUCUAUCGCACUUCAGACGGGCGGAUUACAUCUCGCUCUUUACAUUAAUUACAGAUUAAUCGACAGAAGUAAUUCUAUACUUCUCCGGCGUCAUUUAGUUCUGUAUCCCAGUGGGGUUACGAAAUACUCCGUUAUAGGACUCGCUUACCAUGUGGCAUUAAUAUAUUCCGUUACAUCUGUGCCUAUCUCAGAGGCGGAUCCACGGGGGUGUGACCGGUGGACCUGUUCCCAUAAAACAUAUUCUAGUACCACUUUUUAUUUACCCCCCCCCCCACCAACCACCCCACCCAUCCAUUGGGUUGCCCUUUUAACGAGUUGUUCCAUGCGCCUUUUCCCCGUGUGUCACCUCUCCCACAAAUACUUCCUGGAUCCGCCCCUGUAUUUAUCCAACUUUCUCACCUUCCACUUACAAACCGUAUCUUACAAUCAGGUGAAUAUUGAUCUACUGGGAAAUAGUCUGACCAGAGUUCUGCUAUUGUACACGGCAUAUGGUUUCGCGAUUGCUGAUGCAUUUAGUCAGGCUAAUGUGAUAAAAAUCGACUGUGGACGUUUGCAUGCGCUGUGAUUCGGGCGUGUCACGUUAUGUUACUGUUGAUAAUGUUUGUCACAGUUAAACGACUCUUCUUGGAAACUGCAUUCGGGUGCAUGUGAUGGGCGUCUCACGACACGCGUGGCAUUGUCAUGUCCUAACCAGCUGAAGCGAGAGAAAUGGCAACAAAACACAGCAGGGGAUGCUGUGCUCGGCUGACGGACAGUCUGUAUGGAGUCUUUUUGGAGUCGUGCAUUAUCUCCUUCUCCCUACUCUCGGGUCUGGCUGUCGCCGUGGAGCUACUCAUCACUCUCAAGAUCAUCCAAGCUCCGCCAGAAGAUGGACAAAAUAACGGAGCCGUCAAAUCAGCAACUCAGCUUACUACCGGCACAACCACACGACCUAUCGACCCAGGGGGCAGCACCGUAGACCCAUUGCACAUUACAGCAUUAGUGUGUCACUAUAUAAGUCUCGGCAUUGCAGCAUUAUUUUUAUUAGAGAUACUUUUGAAGAUGCUACUCACAAGGAAAAGCUUCUUUGUCAAGUUCUGGCAGGUUUUCGACGCCUUUGUCGUAAUCGGCGCAUUCUCACUGGAGGUUGUGUUUACCGUCAUAGGUCAGGAGGUUGUGUGGGAGGAGGCUGCCACGUUUGUCGUUCUACUGAGGUUGUGGCGGGUAUUCACUGUGUGCAAUAUCAAUGCUAAGAAAACGAAAGCAGAGCUGGAUCAGGAAAUUCACAUUUGGAAAUCAGCUAAGACGAAGUGCGAAGAAAAGAGCUCUUCUCUACAGGACAGACUGGACAGGCAACAGUUGAAAAUUGUGGACUUGGAGCGGAAGGUUGCCCAGACCACGAAGCACUUGGCGGAGAUAACAAAAACUCACAUACACGAGAAAGAUAAGACGACAGAAGUCACUAAUAUACCAGACCCUAUGUGCAAUGGAGGCAUUAUUUCCAACGGAACUUUCAGGAUGACGGUACAAUGUGAAACCGACGAGAAUGUGUCAGUUCGCGAUGAUGUCGUUAAUGUUGCAAGUGAUGAUGGCAUUCCUCCCUCACAGACACUGGAUGGAGGUGUUGACGUCAUGGUACCUAGUGUUGUUGACGUCACUGGUUCCGACGGUGGCGAUAACAACGUCAGAAAGACAGCAGGAUGUCCGAGUGUUGUUGUCGUUCAGAUCGAAGAGGCCUCACCUCAACACGGCGUCACCAACGUCACCGACGACACAGUCAAACUCAUUAACGAUGUUCCGAUGCCAUUGUCGUAUGAUAACCAGAUGUUUGACAAGGAAGAGGAAAUCGUACUGAGAGAUCUCCCCGUCUUGGCCAAACACGUAGACGGAACGACAACGUACAGGAGCGCUGAAGGAAUUCCGAUGACUACAUUAUGAGUCACGUGGCAGGCGUCUUUGGCGGAAACAAAAAUCGUGAUAAUAGUGUUCGACAUACAAGAAGUUUAUUUGACAAAACAUAUUUUCUACUGGAAUAAUUAUAUUUACCUCAUAUGUUUGUCUCGCCUUUACGAAGUAAAAAAGUCGAGAUAUUGAUGUUACUUUUUAGACGAUGGUGUCAAUGACGGCAUCAACUUUUGAGUUAAAGUUUCGCCUUUAGAUCAGUUUCUCACACACUAUAAGUCCUAGGUCACUGAAACUUGGUGUAUAGUUGCACCUUUAAAUCCACAAAAUUCUUGUUUUACACUGGAGAAUGAAACAAAAGUGGGAUAGGGUCUCAGAAAGUGGGGUUUGGGCGGUGGUGGGGUGGGGUGGGUGGGUGGGGUGGGGGUCGUUGUGGGUGGGUUAUGACGGAUGUGGGUCGAAUAAAGACGUUUAAGAAGCACUGACUUUCAGAACCAAAUCUGUCUGGUGUUAUUUUUCACAUGUUUGCCAAAACUGUAUAUUGUGAUAACCUUGAAAGUGUCUUUGAUAUUAGGGUAGUUCCAGAAAUUAUUGCAAAGGGGCGUUGGUAGGUAAUUCAGGCGCGGAUCCAGAGGAGGGUGCUGGACGUGCGCGCCUACUCCCCCGAACAUCAAAGCACUAUGGACGUCCUGUAUAUAAUGUAUGUCAGUGUGUACUGUGGAAUACUGUAGGUGCUCUUUUGGGACGUUGCACCCACUGCCUAGAAAAAUCUUGCAGCUGGUCCUGUAAUUGUUUUUUUUCCAUUAUCUCUUAAUGCAAAGAAUGCAAUUAAAAAUGUUUUAUUGUAAAAAUAUUUCCCAUGUAUACCAAAAUAAUAAAACAGCAUUUUCUUUUCCCAGUAUACCACCACGCCAUAAUUAUUUUUAGAACGGCCCCUAUUGCUUUGUUUACAUUGAUGUAGUGUAUAUUUGUCUGUAUUACAUUUGUAGAUAAAUGCAUGUAUUUAAUACUUACAGUUGUAGACACAUGCAUGUAAAUAAUCCUAAGUUACCAUCGGCAUUAUGUUAUGUACAAUUGUAAAUCCGAAAGACAAAACCGUCAUACAUGGUCAGGGCCAUAUGUUUGUACAAUGCACAGUCGAAUGAGCAUUUGGCAAAAUAGUGGUUGAUUGGACGAAUCUCUAUCUAGUGCCUCAUCUAUAGGAGGACAGCCACUCCGAGGAGAUCCUUUACUGGAGACUUCAUCCCUCUUGCACCGCCACAAAGAGGACUGCCAUGCCAAGGCUAGAUUAUUAAAUCAAAUCUAGUACACAGCAGAGCUCAUUAAAACAAGUAUAGCUGUGAUGACAAUGACGAUAUCAGGUGUUCGCGAAAGGUGGGCAUAUCCUGUCACACCGGUGGCACCCAUGAUGAGUACUGCCACUACAGCGGUUGUUUGUCACUUGGAACAAAUAACAAAUGUGCAAGGAUUUCACAAGAGAGGUGAAAACGUAUGCGCAAGUUCAAAGCAUGGAAUAAUUUCAGCUAUCAUUUUGGUCAAUGAUGCAUCAUAUUUAGUAGACAUAGCCUUUCGAAUGUCUACCAUACAAACAAAUAUACACUCAAAUAUACACUAUAUCAUAGCUAUAUGACCACUAAGAAUCAAAAUAACCAGGGGCCUAAUUCACUAAACUCUCGUAACUUUGCGAUCUCGCAGUGCAAUGCUAAAAGACUUGCAAAGAGGAUGCUUUGUUGUCUAGCAGAGCCUAAGAGACCUUUGUGAAUUAGGCCCAAGAAUUAUAAAAGAAUCAAUAUUCAAACAUCCAAUCCCCUUUUUUCCAAAUCUGACUAUACUGUAUGCUAGUAUAAUAUAUAAAGUAUAUACACAGCUUAUGACAGAUGAUGGCAAGCUGGGGUUGGUGGAGGGGACUAAAUUAUUGUUUUUCCAUAAUGUGCGAUUUUUGCAAUGGACAAAAAAGGGAAUUUUAUGUACCUGUAUAUGUAUGUGUCAUUCAUUGUAUACUGACGUUCAAAUGAAAUUUUACAAGGCGUGUAAUUGUAUUAUAGAAAACUAACAAAUGGUACGGUAGGACGUUAAAGUAUCAUGAACUUCAGCAUCUAAACGUCACAAUCGAUCCCCGUCGGUGGGCUUAUUGGGUUAUUUCUUGUUCCAGCCAGUGAAUCACGACUGGUAUAUCAAAGGCCGUGGUAUGUGCUAUCCUGUCUGUGGGAUGGUGCAUAUAAAAGA